AUGGACAACCAAAACACUUGCUGCACUACUACUACUACAAAUUUUCUUCAACCCCUUGUUCUACAAAGUCAAGUAAUUGGUGAUUAUCAUCUUCUGGAUCAAAGCCAUCAUCAUGAAGACAAAGAGGCGGAAACGUCGAGAAGAUUCACCAUGUUUGACACAGAUAUCAGGUACAAACCUCGUCAAAAUCCCAGGAAGAAAAGAAGCAAGUUGUUAAGAAUUAGUGAUAAUAAUUCCCUUAGAAUCAGUACAAGUACUGCUAGUACUUCCGGUCUCAUUACUACUAAGCCUAAAUGUACCAAGAAACCACCAGACCCUAAUGCACCAAAAAUUACUAGGCCUUGUACUGAAUGUGGCAAGAAAUUUUGGUCAUGGAAAGCACUUUUUGGUCAUAUGCGUUGUCAUCCUGAACGCCAAUGGCGCGGUAUUAACCCUCCUCCCAAUUUAAAACGACAAGUUUGUUCUUCAUUUCCCCAACAAUCCCACAUUUCCCUUUCAACAUCAGAGGAGGAUCAUGAAAUCGCGGAGUGCUUAUUGCUCUUGGCUAAUGGACUCAAUGAUGACGUUCAUCAAUUGGUUAUGGAUGAAGGAGUUGAAGAAAAAGGUGUAAAUGAAUCAGGGACACCUUCAUAUAACUGUUGUAAAUUUGAGUGUUCAAGUUGCAAGAAAGUAUUUGGUUCACACCAGGCAUUAGGUGGACAUAGGGCUACUCACAAGAAUGUCAGGGGUUGUUUUGCAAAUACAAAAACUAUUGGGGACUGUAGCCAGCAAUUAGGAUUGUUAGAAGAUGGGACUAAUAUGUGCUCCUUAGAACAAGGAAGAGGAAGUGACAAUGAAGAUAUUACAAGCAAUGAUAACAAAAGAUUGAUGGUGUUGGGGCAUAAGUGUUUGAAAGUUUUCUCAAGUGGACAAGCUUUAGGAGGUCACAAAAGGUGUCAUUGGGAAAAACUCGGAGACAAGACAACAACAAUAGUAACAGACUCGGACUUAACACGAGCUGUCGUUGCCAAUGUCAAUCCAAUGGAGCAAGAAAAUAAUAUUGCUGAUAAUUUGGAUCUUAAUUUUCCUCCUGUUACAAUUUCAAGAGAUGAUCAACAUCAUUCUUCAGCUACCCUUUCAUCUAUUUCAGGAUUGGAAUUGGACUUGAGAUUAGGGCUAUAA